AUGGAAAAAAAGCUGAACUUUGAGUUUCGAAGCUUUUUGCUUCAACUUGGAAAGGAAUUGAAGUCACAAGACCUUGAACAUUUAAAGUUUAUUUUGACGCCUUACGUCUCAUCCGCUGAGUGCGAUAAAAUGUCAUUUUGUUCGUAUUUUGAGGAAUUGAAAAGAAGGUGUCAUCUCAGUCCAACUAAUUUUGGUGUCUUGAAAAAUGGUCUCAACGAAAUAGGGCGAGAAGAUCUUGUGGAAAAAAUAGUACUGAAAGAACUGUACUUUUCAGAGAUUUCCAAUCAAAUUGGUGCACCGAACUUGGGAACUAAUGGUUUGUAUAUAGAAUUUUCUUAACAUUUACAUGCACAUCAUUUCUCAUAAGCUACAGUAUAUGUAUCAGAAGAACUUUGCAUGAUGAUGCGCUUUACAUUUGUUGUGGAACAGUUGACACAGGUUUCACUAUUAUCAUAUGUUAUAUUGAUCUACGCACUACUGGAUAUAACUUGAUCAUUGAUCCGACAUUAUUCAUUACGCUCCUCUGUGAAAACUAUUCCAAAAUUGUUCAUAAUAUUAUCUAGUGGUAAUAUUAUCAUAUUACAUCUAGUUUAUUGGGUUCAAGGAUCAAAGGAAUUUUUUGGGGGUUGGGUUGGGGACCCUGGCCCCUAAAGCUAUUGUUUAUUCUCCCAGUACCUUGUUUCUUGUACUGUACUUAAUACUUGAAUAAGUUAAAAUAAAUAUUGGGAUGCUCAGGCCACUAAUCUACUAAAUUAUGAUCGUGUUAAGAAUUAGGGACCUUGAUACAAGUUAUUGCUUUUUGUCACUAAAAGCAGUCUAUCAGUCUGGCAUCUGUCACAGAGAGACAAGAAAACAAUACUGUUACACUGCUGUGGACAGUGUUGCUUAGUAUUUUGCCCAGAUUUCUUUCUUUUAAGUUGGUUGAAACAAUUCAUCUUGCUCUAAUUUAUAGCUAAUGUUUCCUACUAGUGGAGACUGGUUAAACAAUUGUGACCGUGAAAGGCAAAACGGACACUGACGGUUAUCCAUUUGAACGGACAAACUGUUCAUUUUAAAAAGAUCUGUUCAAAGCGUUUGACAGACUGUUCAAACGCUUUGCAUAUCCAUUCAAAAUACAUUAGUAUCUGUUCAAAGUAUUGCAACAUCUGUUUGAACAGUUCUGACAUCCAUUCAAACGGUUUCAACAUCUGUUUGAACAGUUUUCGCAUCCAUUCACCAACUAAAAAUGUCCAUUCUGAGACCUAUGGCAUCCAUUUGAAUGGUUUGACGUCCACUCGGUUCAUUUGUCUGAAAGGAGAAAAUUGCACUUGUUGUUUCUCCAGUUAGUCAGUAUAGCAGUUGAAAUGUCACAACCCAUAUCUAUGUGACUAAAUCGUGAGACAAUUGAUUAACUCAGCCAUCAUUUUAAACCAUGAUGACAAACACUUUCAUGAGAUAUUCAGUAGUUUCAGACAAUAACUAAAAACAUUAUUUUGAUAAGAAAUUGAAAUAGUCUCCAUUUUCGAUCGUGAGAAUAAAGGCCUUGAAAUUGACAACAAUGACAAAUGAAAUGAAAUGAAAACAAUGCACAGCAACAUUACCCGUUCUAUGAUCAAGCCAUUUGCUCGGAACGGUUUCCGAAACCAUUUAAGUAAUUUAUUCAUCUGUACAAUUGGUAAACCAAUCGUAUGAAUCAAUAAUAUUUUCGAACGAACGAACGGCUAAGCUAACCAUUUGAACAGCUAAUCAAACUGGUUAAAUAAUUUAUUGACCCAUUCAAACGGUAUGCCUGUCUGUUUGAAACUUUUACUCAUCCAUUCAAACGGCUGACCAAACAGUUCAAAUAAUUUAUUCACCUAUUCGAACAGUUAGGCAAACCAUUUGAAUGCUUCAAGGACCGUUCUUAACUGUUCGUCAUCUGUGCAUUUUUGUUGUUUGAAUGGUUUUCCAUUAGUGUCCAUUUGCCUUUCUGGGUCACAAUUUAAGUAUAAGUUGUACACACAUGAAUUUGUCUCUGUCUGAGAUCCUUAAAGCUUUUUUAUGUACUGACUGCUUUUCAAGUUUCAUCCACCUUGAACUAAGCAGUCUCUGGGUUGAUGUAGCAUUUUUUUUUUUUUUUUUUCAGAUUCUGAUAUAGAGUUUGAUGACACUGCUAAUGGAAGACACAGUGGAAAGAACAGUCCUGAUUGUAAGUGCGAUUGAGUAUUCACUGUAUGAAGUAGAGUACUGGGUUAGGAGAGGAAAGAACAUCCUACAAAGUGAGCACUUUGACCUCAAAGAGUGACCAGCAUCUAAUUUCUCCUUACAAUAUCACCCUGAAUUAAACUUUAGGGUCACAAGAUUAAAGGAAAUGAUCACCAACUAAAGAAGCUCUUCAAUGUUUGAACAAAUUCUCUUUUCAGCAUCCUAGGAGAGGUAGGAGAGGUAAAAUGAUAUGGAAUAUAUACAUACUUAUGUUAGGGUGUAGAGGGUUAAUGGUGGAGAUCGAGGAGGAAGGAGGAGGAAGAAAAGUACUCUUUGUGAUACUUGUACUGUUUGGUUAUGAUUAAUUACUCUUUGAAUAAUGAUUAUUCUUAUUUUGCAGUGCAAUUGAUGGAGAGAAAGAAAGAAAAGGCAAAGAAAACCCAAGCUGAUUAUUUGUUGAAAAGGGAAGAGGGCAUGGAGGUCUCACAUGAUGGGUCCAUUGACUUACACAGCAAUGAACAACUGACAAGUGAUGAAGCAGCUAGAGAUGAAAUCACAGAAUCUAACACCACAAAAGAGGAGGUUAGUGAUGUGGAGAUGAAAAGCACCUUCAAACAAUCUCCAAAGGGGCCUUGUGACGAUAAGAUCCUUUACCAUAAUGGUCCAGAGGAAUCUGAAAUUGGAAACGCUCCCAUUAAUAACAGUGGUUUACCUGAUGGAAAAGUGCCUACUAGUAGCAUGUCCUCAAGUAAUCUGGAUAGUGAUGUUGUUACUGAUGGUAAUGAAAAUGGAGAAGAAUCUGCAGCAGAAUCCAAGGCUGAUGAAGAGAAAUGUAAGAGUGCAUGUAAUGAUAUUGUCACACCUUAAACUCUGGAUGAACUUUGAACUAUUUCCACUGUGUUUAUUUUUCCUUUUUAACAAGCAGAAAGUUGCAUUUUGGUGAGCAACUGUAAGUUUUAUUCAAAGAUAAUGGAGCACAACAGUCACAAUUGGCUGUCUUUAAGUUAUAUAAAUUACAUCUAUAAUAUAAUUUUUGGAAGGUUAUACAUACACUAUUUCUAUUUAUAAACACAGCAGUUAAACAUAGGGCAUGUGCAAAGGGAUCAAUUUCGGCCAGUGCUGCUCCAAUUUCCUGCACAAAAUUUCCAAGAGGAUUAAAAGUAACAACCACUGUCACACCAAAUAUGUGAAAAAAAACAGUAAUAUGUUUAUGUGAAUUUAUAAGCAAAUGGUGUGUUUGUUGUGUUGAUAAGGAAAUGUCUUCAACUCUAAAGACAAAACUCUCUGGUUUGUAAUCUUAAUUUCAGUUGAAAAGAAAAGUCCUGUAGAUGAUAAUGGUCCUGGAGCACGUCCUAAAGAGAAAAAAGUGAAAACUACCGGGCCAUCUAAAACUGACCAAGGAAAGGCCAUGGAGGUGGAUGACAAAGGUACAUUUGUAUAACGUCCCCCCCCCCUCCCCCCCGAAUCACUGAGGGUAAUGCAGUUCUUUGCUUAAAAGAUUUUUCACACUCAAAAUUCUGUCAAUUACUCUGAGUACACACUCCCUCUCUUUGCCUAUUGUGUCAACUGGCGUGAAGAGAGGCUGCAAAGGACCUGAACUCUUGUGUGACUUGGCCAGCUUUAUGAUACAAUGUCUCUGCUGAGACUGGAGCAAAACUGAAAGUGGACAGAUUCUAACAUUUUAAAAUCAAGUUGAUAAAAGGUUGUGGUUAAGUCAAUAGAAAGUUGUGAGUUCAAAUCAAUGAAUUUUGUCCCUGUUUAUUUAACAAUUGACACACUCAAGACUGACUUAAUUAAAAAAAAAAAAAAAAAGGGGGGGUUGGAAAAUUGAUUACAGGCUCAAUGAUUCAAUUUAUUUUUUAGUUACAGGAACCAAUCCCUAUGGUACAUUGUUUUUUGCAAAUGAAUCUACAGAAGAAUAUGAAUUGGUUCCUCCUGAUACCAAAAGCUCUAAAGAACCUACAGAAAGUGGGUAUUCUAAUCCAUCAUCUCCUGUUGGAACUGUUCAUGAAGAAGGAAGUGGACCUGACACAUUCAUCAAUGAUAAAAGUGAUGUAACAUUAGAUGAAGAACCUAAGGUACCCUUGUCUGGUUCAACCCAUGGAACACCUGUCACUAUGGAGCUCACUAAGGACUACCCCUCUGUAGAUGGAUUCUCCACUCCACCUUCAGACAUUGGGAUACCCACGUCCACUUCUGGUGAAAAAAGGCCUGUGACAUAUGAUGAAGAACCACAUGAUCCAGCACCUGCCAGCAUGGGGCGACCCAAGUGCUACCAUCCACCUGAUGUUUUUUCAACACCUCCACCUUCAGUUCAUGGAGGUUCUAUGGACUAUGGCCUUGGUUUCUAUGGCUCUGGUGCUCCACCUUUGGUUCAUGGAGGUCCUAUGGAUAGUGGCUUUGCUUUCCCUGGCUCCAGUGCUCUAGUUCAUGGAGGUGCUAUGCACAGUGGCCUUGCUUUUCCUGGCUCCGGUGCUCAUUCUCAGGCAGAACUGAGUGAAAUUAUUGCAGCAUUAAACCCUUCUGCCCAACAACUUAGUUUUGAAAAACAAAUGGCAUUUCUUCAACAGAUUUUAGCUAUGCAAGGAUAUGUGAGUGGCACCAAUCCAUUCCCUAAUCCAGGACAGCAAUCACAGAAUUACAUGCCCAACAGUCAAACAGACUGGUCACAGGAGUUUGGCUGCUAUCACAAGGCAGGUUAUUCUGUGGUAGUAACUAAUGGCCAGCUCACUGAAAGCACGUAUGACAAGGGCAUGGUCAUGAUGGAGAGUGGGACGCAGUUUCGUAUUGUUGUUGGAAAUGAAAAUGAUCAUGGUAGGUGGUAACUUCAGCAGAAAAAACUGAAUUUUAGUGUCAUUAUUGUGUAUUAUGUCACUCUACAGCAAGUGUCCAAUGCAUACAAACAGAGGAAUCAAAUUCCAAUCUUGUCUAAGUUUAACUGAAUACUUUCAUAGUUUGCUAAAGCCCCUAUUGUUCCUUUGGGGAUAUACCAAAAUAAGUGUCCACUCUCCCUUAAAAAUUUUUCUCUUCAGAAAUUCUGAUACACUAUUAUAAUAAAUCCUUCUUGUUUGGUUUUCUACUUGCACCUGUAGCUGCUGAGGUGGACAUAACAUUUGGUGGAAUGUAUCUUGGUCUUUGGGCAUUAGAAGCUAAGCAGUUAAUAUCUCAUAACCCUCUGGUGAUUGAAGGUUCCUCCUGGGCUGAUGGAAGGUUGAGGUUCUUUAGUAAUGCAGAUGACAACAAACCCAAACCCAAUGCAGACUUCUAUGGUGAAAACACAGAACUAAAUGGUUUAAUUGAGCUGGAGUUCAAACCUGAAGUUCACAUAUUGAAAAUUUUUGCACAGCAUGUGAGAGAUCAAAGGGAAAAAAAGCUCAUUCCAGUGUCAAUAGCUCCUUCCAGUACAACAACUAUUGGUGACUUAAAACAGGAGAUCAGCAAAGAGUGGGAUUCCAGGAUCUCAUGUCUGUUGAAAGGUGGCGAAAUCUUAGAUGAAGGAAAAACCAUCAGGUGAAAGUUACAUCAAUUUAGGAAAAAAAUGUUGUUAUGACUAUUUUACAGAGGCUUCAAUCCUGGAUCAAUUUUGUACAAGCACAGUUAGUACUCAUCUACAUUCCUCUUUAUCUCAACUACAUUGGAGAAACACUUUGUUUUCUCUGGAAGACAAGGAUAUAACCUGUUCCUCUUGGACAGGAUGCUUGAGGCUAUCUUGGCACAGCAAUGUGAUAUAUUUUCUUGAGCAAUUUGCUUUACCCUCUGGGGAACCAGUAAGGUAGGCUGGGUCCCUUCUCUCCCCCCCCCCUUCCCCCCUGGGUCUCAUGAUCUCAAACCCUCUGGCACCAGGCAGGGUUCUGGUUUUGGUUUUUUCACCAGCUUUGUAAUUAACUGUUUCUGGGUAUUUCACAGAAGUAUUAAUGCCAAUUAAAAUAAUCAUCCAAUGAAUAUUGUUUUUUUGUCUUGCAAAAAUCCAUUUGAUUAUGACCACAGUAGCUGCCAUCUGGUUUCUGGACUAAAACAUAAACAAAUACUGUACAGUGCUGCAUACACACUUUUAGUACUGUAAUAUUGAUGAGUAAACAAAAUACUAAUUAAAGGAAAAUGUGCUUCAUGCAUACUGUUGGUACUGUUGUACUGAUGAACACUGUUAGUACUGUAGUACUAAUGAAUAAGCAAAGAAUAAGGAAAUCUUUCCUAAAAUGGGCAGCAUAUGAUAAUUUAUAAUUUAAACUUAAGCAUAUUUCUUUCCUUGCCUUUUUAAGGUCAUAUGCAUUGAACAAAAAUGAGGUGAUUCAAGUUGUCAAUGAUACAGAGGAAAUUAAGAUUGAAUCCAGUGGGAUGGACCCGAUCAUCAUGAGGCUGGAUCCACAAAAUUUUUCUUUGGAUACUGUCAAAGAUUUCAUUGCAGAGAAAAUCAAAAUCCCACCUCAUGAGCAACUUCUGGGUUUCAAGGGACAAGAUAUGGAUAUUGAUGGCAAAACACUCACCUGUGCAAUUUUAACAUCAAAGAAGACACCUGAGUUGAAGGUUAUCAAGGACAGGGAUAUUAACAUUGAUAUCUUAAGACAUGAUGGAAGUGAAGUAAAAGUUGAUAUAAAAUGGUCUGCCACAGUUCAGGAGCUAAUGGAUAGGCUGGUAGAAAGAGGCAUCUGUGAUAGUGGUGCUACGUUAAGUCUUGAUAAGAACAAAAAGAUAUAA